AUGGCUCCUACCAGGGAAAGAAGAUGGUGGACGAGCCAAGAAGAUGACAUACUCAAACGAGAGGUGCAGGGAAAAAGUACCAACCCCAUCUCCCCCCUUGUUACGCGUGCUGCCAAAUCUAACAAAGAUCUCCAUCUCCCAGUGCGCCAAGGCGGGAGCGUCCAAAACUGGAACGACAUCGCCAUGUCAUUACCGGGCCGUACCAACAAGGACUGCCGCAAGCGGUGGGCAAAGAUCCAAGUCGAUAUUCGAAAAGGUGCUUGGACACAAGAAGAAGACGAGAGGUUGCAGAAGGCCGUGGUGCAACUCGGGUGCAAGAGUCUCAUUCUCGGCCGCAGAAGUCGACAUGCACAAGCUAAUGACUCGAAUUCCUCUUCACGGUCAUUACCGGAGACCCAUGACGAGGAAAUGGCCAGCAGUAGUCCUGACGUUAAUGAUGAGGACGAGAGUUGCGAGGGUGACGGUGACGACGUAUUUGAUGAAGGUUCCGAGUGUGAAAUGACCGACUCAAGCGGAAAUCAGAAGCAUCAGCUCGUGAUGGACAUGAGUCUCCUGUCCGAAGAACCAGUGGAGGCAACAGAACUCGGGCCCACGUCUACGAUUAUACCAGACUACCGUCACUCAGACACAUUCUUGGCAGUACCCGCUCUGGAGUUGCCAGGUACUACUUUCGACAUGUUCGACCCGAGCUGCAUAGGCACCUCAGAUCACUCAUCGGGGAAUUCGGCUAUUCAAACUCCGGAUAGCGAUUGGAUGUCUUGGCUCAAUUCGCUUGAGAAUGACACCUCAGUUUCGCUGGAAUCCCGGCCCUCAUGGUGGGAUGAAGGUCCUACUGAUCAAAGUUACUUUCAUGACUCUAGCUAUGGAAGUUUUGAUGUCAACACGGCUGGUAUUUCGGAUACUAUUCAUAUCUCAAGAGCAAGGAAACGUGUCAAAGGCGAGGCUUCUCCAAGAGCUUCUCUCGGGUCAGUGACUCGCGCUGAGAACCCAUCGAAGCACAAUGGACAGAUGGGUCUUGUCACUUUGUCUCUGGACCAAGUAGACCCGAUAAUCGCCAACGAGAUAAUAGGAAGCGUCAUGAAGCACAGCGCUGGUCUCAAGAUCAACUACAUCGUCAUAAUUCUGGUCCAGGAAUUUCAGCAAGGACCCGAGUUCUGCUACUUCUGCGCCCAGCGCAGUAGCCCGACUUGGGUCCAAGUACAUCUGAUUGGUUCAAUCAAAUGCCCUAUUGUUUGUAAAUACACACGGUGGCUGCCACAAUCCAAGUUAUCCUAUCCUACCAUCUUCCCCUGUCAUCCGGAUACCUAUGCGCCAAUGUCGUCUUUCAGAACGCCCAAGGUGAGCCUAGAGCUCGCUUCAACGUCCGGCCUGCGAACGCUUCCCGAAUUGGUCGACUUCCACGCCAAAAGCAACCCCAAGCACCUAUUUUGUCUCCAAGCCGACGCAAAUGCGGCUGGAAACGGCCACAAUUUUGUGCCCUUGAGCUAUGAGACGCUACAGCGCGCCAUCAUCCGCUGCCAGGCAUGGCUCAAGGAACAGGCAACCAGUCUUCAUGCACCGAAGACUGAAGCCGAUGGUAGCGUGAAUAAAUGCGCCCCCGUCGCGGUGCUCAUGGAGAGCCAUGUUGGCUUGGUCAUCUGUGUGCUUGCCUGUAUGGGCAUGGGCGUGCCAGUUGUCCUCCUGUCGGCGCGUCUGAGUGCGCCGUCCGCACGACAUCUUAUCCGCGAAACGGGCGUGAAACUUGCUCUUGUGUCUCCGCGCCUAUUGCCCCUUGCUUUCGAGGCAGUUGGCGCUGAAAUUCAAGAUGGAAAAGAGAUCCCUGAUGAAAGCACGAUCAUGAUCCGCUCUAUAUCCGGCUACGAGUCGUUCCUUGCAGAUGAGCCCGCAGAAGACCAGAGUCACACCUUUCGCGCUGCCGAUGCGGAUCACUACGUUUCGGAAGAUGAUCGCCAGGUUCUCAUCCUACAUUCCUCAGGGACUUCGGGUCUCCCAAAGCCGAUACCUUGCUCUCAUCGAUACUUUCUGAGCUACGCCACAUGCCACAACUUCGAAUCGACCAAAGAAGCUCAUGGACUGACGGUCUCUACACUACCGUUCUUUCACGGUUUUGGCUUCGUAUCCGUCUGCCUGUCCCUCAAUAUCGGCAAGACAUUUUGCGCCCCUGUACCUUCCACCAUCCCCAACGGUGCCAGCAUCGCAGCCCUCAUAGAGGACUCGCAAGCGAAGGCGUUAUUGACAGUUCCGUCUAUCUUGGAGGAAAUUGAGGGCUUGCCAGAUGGCAGAGGACAUGAUAUCCUUCGCAAGCUAGAUUACGCGGGCUUCGGUGGCGGCAGACCCAAAACCUCGGUCGGUGAGAGACUUGAACGUUCGGGCGUGAGACUCGUCGGCCAGUACGGUGCGACAGAGACUGGUCCAAUGACACCUUUUUUCGUGCCCGGCAAGGAACACGACUGGCGUCGACUGCGACUGCGUGCUGAUAUACUCGGACCGCUUCAAGUGAAGCUUGACCUCAUCGAUGCAGAUGCAGAAGAGAGUGCGCAGACCGAAUCCGAAGCAGAACGAUCUUACAGCUACAAGCUGAGCAUGAAGCCGUUUGGGUGGCAGGAGCGCUUCGAACUGCAGGAUAUAAUCGUAGCACGCACGGAAUGCGCCUCGGCCGAUGACGUGGGACAGCUGGAUUUUGUGAUUACGGGCCGCAAAGACGACCUGAUCUGUCUUGCCACCGGAGAGAAGGUGAGGCCAACGAUAUUGGAAUCCCUGCUCAGACAGCAUGAGGACGUGAGAGACGCAACUGCUUUCGGUGAAGGACAGUUCGAACUCGGUGUCAUUAUAGAGCCUGUCAGGCCCGUCGAACCCAGCGAGAUGGUCAACUUCAAGGCGUCGAUCUGGCCGGCAAUUGAGGAAGCAGGCCGUCAAAUGGAUGCUCAUGCAAUAAUUACAUCGUCUACCGCGAUUCUCGUCGUCGCUCCCGAAGCGCUCCCGAGAUCAGACAAGGGCACUGUUCUCCGGAGCGCAGUGUCAAGGAAGUUUGCCGAUGAGAUGGCGGCAGUCUACCGUGAUCUUGAGGCAAGCAUGGUUGCACCACCAAUCGACCUAUCUUCGCCUGCGUCCAGUAUCAGAAAUCUCGUUACCCAGGACGUUCUGGGGUUAGACAACGGCCGUGAUUGGGAGGACGACGAUGAUUUCUUUUCAGGCGGCAUGGAUAGCCUUCAAGCGACGAGACUACGAAGACUGCUGACGGCUUCACUGCGCGCAACGUAUGCCGCCUCUAAGCCUGGGACAGCCAACCUCCUCUCCACGGACAUGAUUAAAGAUGACAUCGUCUACCGCAACCCUUCUGUGAAUAAGCUGGUUGAGACACUGAUUCCCAGUUCGUCCAAGACAAAUGGAGUCAUUACCGAAACAAAGCUUAUCGAACAGCUGGUGGACAAGUACUCCAGCAGAGGCAACCACCGAGAGCAGCGAAAAUCCGUGGUAUUGCUCACGGGCGGCACUGGCAGUCUCGGGUCUUUCUUCGUUGGUCGGAUCCUUGCGGAUGAUAACGUGAGCAAUGUCAUUUGCUUGAAUAGACCUAGAAAAGGAAACCCUACAGAAGCUCAGAAACAUGCGGUAACGUUACGAAAAGUCUCUGUCGAUGAGAACGCUUGGAGAAAGUUGGAAGUCCACGAAACAAAUACUGCAGAUCAGUGGCUCGGCUUGCCAGAGGCCGAGUACCUGCGUCUCGCGGCUAGGGUAACUCACAUCGUACAUAUUGCGUGGCCCAUGAACUUCAAAAUGGGUCUGCAGUCGUUCGAGGCUUCAUUCUCAAGCUUGCUGAACCUCAUCCAGCUAGCGCGCCAAGCGAGCAUUCACCGGGCACAGAAGCCAAAGCUGUUACUGGUAUCCUCCAUUUCUACGGUGGGGAACUAUCCGUCAAUCAAGGGACAGACUUUGAUUCCCGAGACGUCUGUCGAGGAUCAAAGCUGGACGCUAGAUCUCGGCUAUGCCAAAGCCAAGCUUGUCUGCGAGAAAAUCAUCGAACGCACGGCACAGGACCAUCCUGAGAUCGAGGCGGCGGUGGUCAGAGUCGGCCAGAUUGCCGGCUCUAGCACCGGCUACUGGAACGCUUCUGAGCACUUUGUAGCCCUUUGUGCUUCUUCUCAAAAGCUGGGGAAAUUUCCCGACCUGCGUGGGACCUUGUCGUGGCUGCCGGUCGAUUUAGCUGCCGAAGCCCUCAGCGAGAUUCUCUUCCAUCAAGAACCACUCAGUGCAGUCUACCAUCUAGAGAACCCAGCCCGGCAGAGCUGGGAGGAAGUUGUCAGACUGAUGUCUGAGGAACUACGGAUAAACAGGUCGUCCAUCAUCCCGCUCGAGGCCUGGCUCGACUUGGUGGAUACUGUACCGGAACCAGGCAACCCUGCUGCAGGUCUCACACGAUUCCUUCGAGAGGAUUUCGCCAAAAUGUCGUGUGGAUUUGUUGUCCUGGAUACCAGCAAUUCUCGCAAUGUGAGUUCGACCUUGGCCAAUAUGACGUCGGUGGGGGAAAAUUUGAUCAGGGCAUAUGUCUCCUACUGGAAGAGUAUCAAAACGUUGGCGUAG